AUGGCCCCGAUGAAUGCCCUGUCCGACGGCUGCUCCAUCUUCUUCACGGACCGCACUCGGAGGAUGCUCCUUCGGCUGGGACCGGGGAGCGGUAAUCCACUGCCCGUCGGUGUUAAUGAGAGUCCCUUUCAUUUGUUGCCGGCCGGCCAGCAGCGGGUCAACAUUUUGCCGGAUUCCGGAACCCCGCAGAGGUAUGACCUGAUCAGGUCGGUGAAACUGUCGCCCGAGCUGCAUCCUGACGAGGAUGCCUUCCCAUGGCUGCCGACGCAUUUCGCCCCCCUGGCGGGUGUCGUCUGUCCGGGCGGGCGCUUGGCCGCGAGAAAGGCCUUCAAUCUCUCGAGUAUGCCGGACCCGAGGUGGAAUUGGGCGACCCCGAGGCGGUGGAUGUGCAUCCAUGAGGGGCUGUUGGUGUCGUUCUUGUUUUUGCCAAGUGGACGGUCGCCCGACCUCCCGCCCCUUUCGGAGACGAUCUACUCCCCGACACUCGAGUUUGUCAGGUCCCUGGUGGACAAGCAGCUCGAGGUGCGCUUUGGCCCGGGACGUGUGCUGCUCGGAUCGGCUCUCCGCGGAAUGCCCCGGCUGGUGGUUGAGGGAACGCUGGCUUUCGACUUUUGCCUGCGAUCUCGACAACUGAAGUCCGGCCACUUCCCCUCGGUCGGCAGGCUGGCAAGUCCAAGCGACUCGGGGCCUUCGGACGAUCUUCCGGAGCACCCCCGGUCGGGGGGCCCGGAGGCCGGGUCGCCGCCGGGGAACCACUCGGCCGAGACCACCGAGCAGGAGAUCUUCUUCCUUGCGAAUGCCUCCCUGAAGGGGGUCCAUCUGGAGUUGGUAGAUGGCCACAUGAAGGUGGCACCCCCAGUGAGCCUGAUUCACUGGCGGGUCCUGCGGUCGGUGGACAAGGAAAUUUCCCUGCUCAAGGAGGAGGAUCUGAUUGAGGCGCUAGUGUCGCCCAAAGAUCGACCCUUGAGCAUCUCCGCCCGCAUGGCCGUGGUGUCGUCGGAAAAGGACUUCAAGCUGGCCACGUGCGCCGAGACCCUGGGAUGCGCCUGGCCGACGAUCCUUGCGCGCCCGGCGUGGGGGAUCGACGAGGAACCGUGGCGACCGAUCGAGUUUGACCCGGCCAAAUGCAGCGGUGUGAAUAUCACUGCCUCUGCGAUUCGGCGGGAGGAGCUUGCCGCGCCGAGUGUCCUCAUCCGAGUGACCAACAGCGAGUGGAACUAA